GGCCGCGAUUUUCAGGUAAUGUAUUUUUUAUAAGAACUAUUUUUAAUUAACGUUUGUCCUGAAUUAAACAUGGAGAUGUUUCAAUAGCAGCUAAUCCAAAAGCUAUAAGUUCUUUGGUUUCAUGAUUUAUUAUUAGCAUGACAAAAUUACUGGAUGCUGCUUGGUUGAGAGGAGUACAAUUAUUUCAUUAAUUGUACUGCAGUACAAUUAAUGAUUUUCCCAAAACAAACAAAAUGGCGGAAAGGUAUUCUAAAACACAAAUGUGAAAUGAAAUUAACCUAGAUCAACUAGAUGAAAAUACGAACAAAAGCACCAAAUUUUGCCUUUAACAAAAGAAAUAAAUUAAAAUGCGAACAAAAGCACCAAAUUUUGGUUGAAAGUCUGGCCGAACUGGGCUCUGGCAAGAGAAUAUGAUGUUGUCAUUGAGACGUAUCCAAUUUUGUCAUAUGCUAAAAAUCUACAAAUAAUCAUGCAAUGUUGCUCGUACAAUUUGGGAUUAAUAGUACGAGUGAUGUUUAGAAAUUUUGCCAAAUUGGACUCGCCCCGGCGGCUCGUCCAAUUUUGGCAAAAUUUCUAAACAUCACUCGUAGUAUUAAUCCCAAAUUGUACUCGCCGUCGCAUGAUUACCUAUACUAAUCAACCGCGCAAUGUUUCCAGGUCCCCAAUGAAAAACACUACGGUAAUGUGUGUAAUAGUAACAAUGUUCAGUAUUCGUGAAAUUCUGCCUUAAUAUAAUGAAGCUGUGUUUAGACUCUCCCAAUAAAAUUAAAGGAACGGAAGAAGCGAAAACAUCGACAAAAGGCUGAACCUAAGAGGAUUCCUAUGGUCUAGAAAUUGAAUUAGGUGUUCUGUUGCAUGGAAUCGUUUGCGUUAUCGUUGUUUAUAAUUUAUAAAUCUGCAGAACUUGCGUGGGAAUAUCAUUCUCAAGGGCCGCAAAUUUUACCUACAAUCUGCAACCGGCAUGUAAUUUCUUACCUUAUGCUGGUUCGAGUACAGUAACAAUUUAGAUUAGUCAGGAGAAUUGAAAAAGUUGAGACGUAAAGAUCAAUGUUGCCAGCAACCUCAUUUCCAGUGCUUCAGUGUGAGGACGAGGCGAGACACGAGGAAGCCCUGGUCUGGGCCGGUCACGUGACGACAAAAAAUGGCAGUAUUUGACAGAUACUCGUCAAGGAGUGGCGAGAUAUUCUUUAAUGAAAUACUCAAGUUUUCGAAACAAAUAAAUAGCCAAAAGACUUGUCAAUCGAUGUUAUUUAUGUGUAGAGCGAAGUUUGGCACGAAUCAGCUAAAAUCUAUGAAGAUCCCGUCUAUGUUUUCUAAGAUAUACCGAUAUUUCUGGAGAUUUUCAACUACAGGGAAACUGCAUCCAAGCUGCAUCUAGGCGUCUCCAUGCAAGUGGUGAUUCACACGAAAUUUCCUUUCUCUCGUCUUGAACAAUGUGGCUAUUGCUAUUAUUAAUAUUUAGUUUAAACAUUCUCUUAUAGAUCUGACUUAGUUCAAUAUAAAUAAACACAAAUAUAAACCUCGCGUAACCUUUUUACGUUGUACAGGAAUAUACGGAUUCGCUUGUUUCGUCGGACACCAACACUUGCCGUUCAGGAGCAAUGCUUGCCUACAAAUUUUAUUCCCUUCACAAUCUUUGUUUUAUUUUAUCGUAUAGUCGCAAUUUUCAAGUAUUCGAGGUAUUCUGGAACUGAAAAAUUGGUACCCGGACAUUUUGCCGAACCUUCACAAUCUUUGUUUUAUUUUAUCGUAUAGUCGCAAUUUUCAAGUAUUCGAGGUAUUCUGGAACUGAAAAAUUGGUACCCGGACAUUUUGCCGAAAGACACUUUGCCGAAAGACAUUUUGCCGAAAGACAUUUUGCCGAACGGACAUUUUUGCCGAACGGUCGUUUUUCCGAACAGACAUUUUGCCGAACGGACAUUUUGCAGAACGGACAGUUUGCCGAAAGGACAACUUGCCGAAAAUAGAGAUGUUAUUUCGUCAAAAUGUUUGGGACUGUGACUCAUUUCUCAACUGUGUAAUUCUCAACCAUUGUGUAAAAUAAUCAUUAUAUGGUCAUUAGCAGUGCAUAAUGGUCAUUAGCAUUGCAUAAUGGUCAUUAAUAGUGCAUAACCAUAUUGACUAUUGGUAGCUUGUUUGUGCAGCUGAUGACUUAUUUGUUAAGGAACGUGUUUUAACGUCAAGUCGUAUACAAACAAGCGUAUAUAAAGACAACGACGUAAGCGAAUUUUACUUCGAAAAAUAUAUAUAAAACGAAACUAUACUUCACUAUCAAAGUUUCUGUCUUCAAAAUCGACAAUGACUUUAAAUCACAGAUAUUUUGACAGUAUAAGCGAAACUUUAAAGUUCAGAAGAUAUCUCCAUUUUCGGCAAGUUGUCCGUUCGUCAAACUGUCUGUUCGGCAAAAUGUCCAUUCGGCAAAAUCUCCGUUCGGCAAAACGUCCGUUCGGCAAAACGUCCGUCGGCAAAAUGUCCGUUCGGCAAAAUGUCUUUCGGCAAAAUGUCUUUCGGCAAAGUGUCUUUCGGCAAAAUGUCCGGCCACCGAAAAAUUGGGUGGCGUGCGAAUCUUGUUAAGACUACAUCGGCCUAGGCGUAGAGCUAUUAAGUAAACAGGGCCUAAAUUAAUUUAGUAGCUCCAUUUAAUUGUUUGUCUUGCUUUUAUUUGUCAGUACAGAAUAUUGUAAAUUAAAAUAUUACUACAAUGCAAUACACGUAGUAAUUCAUCAGACAUCUGCACUAAUAAAUACUGUACAAGGAAAACUACAGCUUAAAUAAUAGUAAACGUUUCUUGUUUUGUCAGGAAACAUCACAGCUCACUUCGAGGCUUUUGAACCAGCCGAGGCGAAAGUAAAUCUGCAGUCGGGAAAACGCACUGAUCUGAAAGAAAACGUCUUACUUUGAAAGAUUAUUUUGCAAAACAUACUCGUACACACAAGAAUCAUAAAAAUACAAAUGUUGAAUUGUUAUUGUCAACUGUCAAGUUCAGUUAUUUUUAGACAAUAUGGUGUUAGCCAAUCAGAAUGCAAAAUUGACCGGCCCAGACCAGGGCUUCCUCGUGUCUCGCCUCGUCCUCACACUGAAGCCCUGGGAACGAGGUUGUGUUGCCAGAGCAAGAGUUGUUUGUGGUUCUGGUGUGCCCAAAUUGUAGUCUUAUGGGUGUUGACAUUGCUCACAAAUUUGGCAUUUCAGAAGCACAUGGUGUUUCUUGAAUAUGGGCUACUUGUUAGACUUUCUACAUCAUGAGUUAAGAACUCACCUACUCAUCUGGGCAUCAUGUGGUUAUACAAAAAAAAAACUAUGCCUCAGCCUCUCAAAGAAACCUAGCCAAAUACCCGUGUAAUUAUUGAUUACUGUACAGAACUAAGUCUGCUUUUUUUGAAAAUGGGAACUCCACCUCACUUACAGCAUCUAAUCAGAAAUUAUGUUGGCUCUACAUAAUCAUAUAACAAGCAAUCUGAAUUGCACCAAGCCAUGUAGCUUCUGUGUUAACAAUUAAUUCAAUCAAUCAAUCAAAAACAUUUAUUUAAAUUAAACACAUUUAAAAAUGAGCAGCAAAUUGCUGAUGUGGUCGUGUAACCCACACUGAACGCAUGCAGUCAUUAACAGUUCAUCGAAAUUCCUUUGCUCCAAAUAUUUUUCAAUGGCAGUCUGCCCGAAAUAUUUUUCAAUGGCACAAGCAUGUCAGUGUUGCCCCACUGACAUGCUUCUGGGGGCUUUGGAACAUUACUUGCUGUCAAAAAGAUUUUGCUAAGAAGAGAUAUGUGAGGCAGUUAAACGACCUCAUCUUUCAUGAAACUAGAGUUUGCUCUGUGACUGACCUCUUGUAUUGCAAUCAAUGUCAACCAUUUGUUCUUUGGUUGUAAAAAGAAUGUUUUGAGUAUAUGGUGUAUACUCUGGAAAAGAUAAAGUUUGCACAGCUCCGCAAAGUCAGGAACAGUAAUUUGUUACAGUAUAGAUUUUCGAAUUUCGAUAUUGUGCAUUUGAUUUGCAAGUAUGUUUGCCCCAUUUAAUGCCUUUUUUAUGGGAAUUCCCUGACAAAAUCUUGAUAUUGGAAUGGUUCACAAUUAUUGGAUACUAAGAGGUUCUGCAAAAAAUCACCAGUGCCAACAGUUUUCAAACCAAGUUUUCUUAAGUCUUCAACAUUUACAUGUUUAUCAAAAGCAGGUGCUGCCGUGCGGGGUUGUUGUAGUCUGCUGCGUAAUUGGUUUUUUUUUGCCUGUUCCUUACUAGUAUUUAAAAACUCAUCAAUAAUUCAUGAAGAACACACAAAGAAAAUCAUAAGCCUGUCGUAUCUGUAUAUGUGAUACAUAUUCAUGUUGAUUUACAUAAACUUUAACUUUGAUUUUCUCGGCUUAGGCAACGUUUAUUUUUUAAAUUUCUUCACCAAUGAACUCAUAACAUGGCCAGAAAUGACGGACAUUGUGCAAGCGUACCAGUCGGUCAGCGGCUUUUCCGUUUAUCCACAAGAAUUCCUAGUUAUCCUUUUACGACCUAUCAAAGCAUCCGGAAUUUCAAAUAUUCGCGUGGGUGUUGUUUAUAAAGCAAAGCACGAAGUAUGCACUCAAGUUGUGGCUUUUAGUUUACCAGGCUCAGGAUGUAGCUAAGCAAUGACUACGGGGACGAAAAGAAAAGCUUUCGACGAGUAUUUUGGUACCAAACAUGUAGCAAGGCAAUCAAUAUUUCGAGUUUGGCAAGCGAAUGGAAUAUCACUUUUCGACCGCGAUGUAAUAUUAUAAUAUGCAUAUUAACGCACCGGCUUGCGAAUUUCAAAACAAAAAAGCAGAGCUUUUAUCGGGUGUAACAAAAUAAUAAACGGCGGAAGGCAAGGCUAUACUAUUCGUCAAAAUAAAAUGAUUUCAACAAAUUUCGAUAAUUGAAUAUAUUACGAGAUAUAGCCUUUUGAGCGAGAAACAAUUAUAGAUUCCUAUGUAAAGUGAGGUAAAAUGUUGUAAUAUUCAACCGCAAAAAGCAGAGCGAGUAUACAAAGAAAUGAGAACUUUUUUUCUUAAUGUGUUGCUUUACGACCGCUACUUCUGGAACCAAUUUCAACAAAUAUUCAAAGAUUUAUAUAUAGCAUGCUAUAUUGAAAAUACUCCGCUCGCCUGAUAAUAAACAUAGGGCAUUGGGCAGCCAUUGUUGCGUGGGUGCUCGUGGUAACGUGAAACCUGAGAAAUGAAAAUGUCCGUGAUUUCUGGCCAUGAAAAGCGUAUGUCUGGUUAUCGGAAGGUUACGUGGAGUAUAUAUGCUUGAUACGCAUCAACAUAUAUAUAUAUAUAUAGUUUUUCGUUUUACUUCAAAAAACCAUAACAGUCUCGUAAACCAAAAACUUAAGCUAUAUAUAUAUAUAUAUAUAUAUAUAUAUAUAUAUAUAUAUAUAUAUAUAUAUAUAUAUAUAUAUAUAUAUAUAUAUAUAUAUAUAUAUAUAUAUAUAUAUAUAUAUAUAUAUAUAUAUAUAUAUAUAUAUAUUAGUGCUCGCAUACACUCUAAAACCCAUGCAGGUUAAAAAUUUCCUAGUUAAUCUAAAAUUAUAUAUAUGUAUGGGUAACGGUCCAUCAAUAUAGAUAGAAAAGAUAAAUAGAAAAAACUUUAUUUACCCACGCUAACCCUGUCAACCGAAGCCGAUUUCCACAGGGGGCGU